AUGGACACCGAAUCUGAUCCCAUCCGCAAGCAUGCCUUCGUGCUUGUGGGCAAAAUGAAGUAUGAACAACAAUGUUUCAUGCAGAAGAUGAAGAAUGGUCUCAUAUUUGUGUAUAAUUCAUCCUUAUUGGAGAAGCAAAUUGCUUCUGAAGGGAUCAAACAUAGAGUUAUUGAGGUAUCAAUGGCUGAUCUUCAGGAUGAUGAGGAUCAUGCAUACAGAGAGAUCAGAUUGAGAGCUGAGGAUGUUCAAGGGAAGAAUGUCAUUUUUCCAUUUCUGGGGAAUGGAUUUUACCAAAGACAAGUUGAGGUCUUUGGUAAGGAAAUGGCAGACAAUGAUCGAGGCUCAUGUGGAUGUGAAGCUACUGACAGUUACAGUUUGAGGAUGUUCUGCAUUGGAUUUACUAAGAGGCGGCAAAACCAAGUUAAGAGGACAUGUUAUGCCCAGUCCAGCCAAAGUAGACAGGUAAAAGAUUCUCUUACUUACUGGCUUAAAUGA